AUGGCAGAGAGUCCGCUUGAUCUAAAUCGUUACUUAUAUUAUCGACUCUAUACCCCGGAUGGCCCUAUCGAGGUUAACACAACCGUUUAUAAAAACGACGAUUAUCUCGGCCGUAUCUCUGCCAAGUCCAUCACGCCUCCUCAUACCGUUACCUCUUUUACACGAUGUGUGGCGAAGAGCGAGCUAUUUGCUUCUGUGUCGAGUCAAUCUCCGAUGGAUGGCUCAACCCUUCUUUCCGUCUUUGGAGAUCCUGGACCUGGCCUAUCAGAGACUGAGCCAAUGGCGCUCGUCAUCGAUCCACCGGAUACGAAGGCGAGUAGAGUAUGCAACUUGCUCGCUGCGGAGAGUGAGAUGACGGAAUUGAUUAAGCCAUUGGAUGAACCCUACCUGUAUUAUCGAGUGUACGACGAGGACGGAGAGGUCGAAUCGUUUGAAAAUUUCAACACAGCCGAUAAUUCAUUAGGCCGAAUCUUGAUUGCUUCUAUCCCCCCUCCCCACACCAUCGCGACUCUGAAAAACCGCCUUGCUGGUGCUGAAUGGAUCGAUAAAGCUCAGAGGACUGCAAUGAAGUUGUUCGAGGAUAUUACCGGUCAAGUUCUGAUAAAGGAGGAGGACGAUCACUUCUUCCUUGAAGACCGACUCACUGGAAGGUCUGAAUCCCGGCCAAUGGCACUCAUUCAUCCACCGGAAAAGCAUACGCCUGUCAUGCAGGCACGGGCUCUAUACGACUAUCAAGCCUCGCCUGAUGAUCCCCAUGAAUUAUCCUUCAAAAAAGGAGACAUCUUUGACAUUAUAAAUGGCGAAGGCAAGUGGUGGCAAGCUAAAACAACGCUUGGGUCGUUUGGGAUCGUACCCUCCAACUACUUAAUUAUCGACUCCGCAAGUCCAAAUUCCAAAUAG